UAUCGCUGCCUUUGAUCUUGUAGAAUUUAAGACUCAAGAUCGCAUUUUAGCGUUAUAGAUCCUCAGCGGGAGGAUAUGAAUUUUAGUUGCACAUACAUAUAUAAAUAAACUCUCUCUCAUUCCCCUGUACGUCCAGAUUAAACAUGCUACGCGCGAGAUCUGUCAUCUGGCAGUCUUGGAAGGGGUUCAAGACCUUCCCGUGUGCAGCUGUGGAGGUGAAGAAUGAGCCCAUUCUGGGGUUCAGAGAGGGCAGUAAAGAGAGAUCAGAACUGGAGAAGGCAUUACAAAAGCUGAAGGGAAAGACAGAAGAGAUUCCGUGUGUGAUCGGAAAUGAAGAAGUCUGGACCAAAGAUAUCAGAUACCAGCUGUCUCCCUUCAACCACUCUCACAAAGUGUCCAAGUUCUGCUAUGCUGAUAAGGAGCUGAUAAAUAAAGCCAUUGAGGCCUCGGUCGCUGCUCGGAGGGAAUGGGAUCUUAAACCCGUUGCGGAUCGAGCCCAGAUCUUCUUCAAAGCUGCUGACAUCAUCAGUGGACCCAAGAGAGCAGAGGUUCUGGCCAAGACCAUGAUCGGACAGGGUAAGACUGUGGUCCAGGCUGAGAUUGACGCUGCUGCAGAACUCAUUGACUUCUUCAGGUUUAAUGCCAAACAUGCGAUAGAGCUGGAGCAGCAGCAGCCGCUGGACAGCGAUGGAAGUACUAACACCAUGCUGUACCGUGGACUGGAGGGAUUUGUAGCCGCUGUUGCACCAUUUAACUUCACAGCGAUUGGUGGAAACCUAGCCGGCACCCCUGCUAUCAUGGGUAACGUGGUGUUGUGGAAACCCAGUGACACGGCCAUGUCUGCCAGCUACACCGUCUAUAAGAUCCUGAGAGAGUCUGGAUUGCCACCCAAUAUCAUCCAGUUCGUCCCAGCCGAUGGUCCAGUGUUUGGAGACACCAUCACGUCCUCCGAGCACCUGGCGGGAGUUAAUUUCACUGGCAGUGUGCCAACUUUCAAACGAUUGUGGAAACAGGUUGCCCAGAAUCUGGAUAUCUACAGGAAUUUCCCUCGUGUCGCUGGAGAAUGUGGUGGCAAGAACUUCCACUUUGUGCACAAGUCCGCAGAUGUUGGUAGCGUGGUGACCGGCACCAUCCGCUCUGCGUUUGAGUACGGAGGACAGAAGUGUUCGGCCUGUUCCAGGAUGUACGUACCAGACUCACUGUGGCCUCAGAUCAAACAGCAACUGCUGGAUGUGCACAAACAGAUCAAAGUGGGAGACCCAGUUGAAGAUUUCAGCACUUUCUUCUCCGCAGUUAUUGAUGACAAGUCCUUCUCCAGGAUCAAGGGAUGGCUGGAACACGCCAAAACCUCUCCACAUCUGAAGAUCAUCGCUGGAGGACACUGUGAUGAUAAGAAAGGAUAUUUCGUGGAACCCACCAUCAUUGAAACCACCGACCCACAGGAGAAAAUCAUGAAUGAGGAGAUCUUCGGGCCUGUCCUGACAGUUUAUGUUUACCCCGAAAACGACUACAAGAAGGUCCUGCACUUAAUAGACAACACUUCUCCGUACGCCCUGACAGGAGCCGUCUUUUCCCAAGAUAAGUCUGUUAUUGAUGAGGCAGGAAAGGCCUUGAGAAACGCUGCUGGAAAUUAUUAUGUCAAUGACAAAUCGACCGGAUCCAUUGUGGCCCAGCAGCCAUUUGGUGGCGCCAGAGCAUCAGGCACUAACGACAAGCCCGGUGGCCCACACUACGUCCUCCGAUGGACGUCACCGCAGGUCGUCAAGCAAACCCACGUGCCCCUUACAGAGUGGAAAUAUCCCUACAUGGGCUAAGAGAUCAUGAAGCAAAUGCUUUCCUCCCCUAAAUCCCUCCAUCAAGACUCAAAGCAAUCAAUCCCCUCCUUAAUUAUCCUGGAAAUGCAGCUGAGAGGCUGUUAAACUGUUAAAACAGAAACCUGCCCUCUGCUGGUGAAGCUUUGAACAUGCAGAUUUCUGUUGCCUCUGGUGUCCGUCCAUCCUUCAGAUAUCACUGGAUCAUUAAUAUGAGGAAUUAAGAGUUCUAACAAUCAAA